UUUUAGGGGUUUAGAAAAAUUAUUUGUUGAACCCCAAAAAAGAUGUUUUCACUGAGAUGGAGUCUUGGUCUAUGGUUAUUUCUACUAGUAUCAGGCGUGGCUGUUGCGAUGUAUGAUGACGAGGAUUAUGUAGAUGAAAACGACGACCUGUUACAAAUGCUUCUAGACCACGUGAUACUGCACCAAACGCUUCACACUCAAGUUACGAUGGUUCAUACAAAAACGGCUGAAGUUCCUAAGAAAUGUUACAAAUUUUGUGCAAAGAAAAAGGAAAAUAAGGAAGAAUACGCUUUUGAUUGCAUAGAAGAAUCUCUCAAAAUGAAGGAAGAUAAGAAAAGAGAGAAAGUACGAGCAUUUUGCUUCAAGUGCCGUCAAAAAUGCAUUAAAGCGAAGCUGUCCAUCUACAUUUAAGCAUCGUAUUUCAAGUAGACGUAAAAGUUGCAUGAAUUUUCAAUAAAACAAAGAAAAGAAUAUAUCCUAAUCAAGUUGCCAAUUUUGAGAUUAUACUCUUGAUCCUAUGAAUAUGGAAUUUAUGUGAUUAAAAAAUGUAUAUUAAAGUUUCGAAACAUUG